AGAGACUAAAUCCAAAUUUGGUAUGGUAUCGCCAAUCCUCUACUUUCCCGCAUUUUCUUUUUCCCUCUUUAGAUUAGGAUUCUGAAACCCUCCAAUUUGGAUACAUCGUCAUGGCUUCUACGGGUCGGAAAAUCAUACUAAAGAGCUCAGACGGCGAGAACUUCGAGGUGGACGAGGCGGUGGCUCUCGAAUCACAAACGAUUAAGCACAUGAUCGAGGACGAUUGCGCCGAUAACGGCAUCCCUCUACCCAACGUCACCAGCAAGAUCCUCUCUAAGGUAAUCGAGUAUUGCAAGAAACACGUCGAAGCAUCGAAAUCUGAGGAUCGUUCAGCCUCCCUCGAUGAUGACCUUAAAGCUUGGGAUGCUGAUUUCGUCAAGGUCGAUCAAGCCACCCUUUUCGAUCUCAUACUGGCUGCUAAUUACUUGAACAUCAAGGGCUUGUUGGACCUAACGUGUCAAACUGUGGCAGACAUGAUAAAGGGAAAAACGCCUGAGGAAAUCCGCAAGACAUUUAACAUUAAGAAUGAUUUUACUCCGGAGGAAGAGGAAGAGGUUCGUCGCGAGAAUCAAUGGGCGUUUGAGUGAAAGCUCUUAAUUGAACUGAACAUGGUUUAAUAUUUGUGUUUUUGUUUUCAUUUUACUUUUGAAUGUCCUUGAGAACUUGGGAUUGUUAUUUCCGUCCUCUUUUUUACUUGUUUUAACUGUUAUUUCUCCUCGGAUGUGUUAAUAAAUGUUGUUUAUUUGGUUAAAA